AUGGAGAAUGAGACUGGUGGGAAGGAUAGGGAGGUAGUUGAAGCAGUGACAAACAGUGAACCUGGAAAUGGUGAUGGAUUUGCAAAAAAAGGCGACUCUUAUGAUGACAAAUUACCUUCUGAAAAUGUUGACAAACAUAUGGAGAAUGAGGCUAAUGAGAAGGAGAAGGAGGAAGAUGGUGCUGCUGAUGAGCUGUGCGCUUUACAGGAUGCGCUUGAGACGACACUGUUUCAGCAUUUAAGCAACUAUGCACAGAAGCAGAUGUUACAGAAGUUGAGGAGCCUUAGAGCCAAGGAAAGGAAAGAGUUGAGCGGUGAAUGGAAGUCAUUACUUGCUCAGGAGGCGCUACUGAAGAGCAAGAAAUAUUCGUUUUCAGCCGAACUCGCAAAUGCAACAUUUCAUACUUGGGAAGAAGAAACUAGACGAAUGGUUUUGUGA